AUGGCUACGUCAAGCUUAAAUCCAAAAAUUGUUGUCCUGGAGGUCCCAACCGAGGCAGGGACUCAUUGGCCGGGUCAGUCAAAAGCACCCGAAGCUCUCAAAGAUGCCGGACUGGUACAGAAGCUCCAGAAGAUAGGAUAUGAAGUCUUGAAUUUCAAUGCUCUUGAUGAGGUAGAGCAUUGGCUCCCAACAGAUAUCUUGAAUGGCGUCCGCAAUGAAGAGAACACUAUCAAAGUGAUGAGAAAGGUCGCAGCUGCUGUUUCAUCCGUGAAUUCAUCCCACGAAUUUCUUUUAGUGUUGGGAGGCGAUUGUUCAAUUGAGGGUGGUGUGCUUUCUGGGCUUAAUACUGUUCAUCUUCACGACCGCAUUGGCCUCCUUUAUUUCGAUGGGGAUGCGGAUCUUACUCUCCCCACUGACGAUGGCAUAGAAGGCAUGACCGGAAUCCUCGACUCGAUGGUUAUCACCCAUCUUACGCAUCGAGAUGGAGGCUUGGAAAGCAUGAAGAGCUUUUCAAAACCUGACGGAUCUCCACUUGUGACCAAUGAGAAUAUUGUUCUCUUUGGUCUAGACCCCAAUCAGCCAAGUGCUGAGCACUGGACUUUCCUUGUAGAAGGAGGAUUCAAGGUCUUUUCACGUCCCACGGUGAGCAAAAACCCAACGAAAGCCGCGGUAGAAGCUUUGACGUGGCUCGAGUCCAGGGUUGACAAAAUUGUCGUUCAUUUCGAUCUGGACGUUAUCGACACUGGGCAAUUCCCAAUUGGUAACUACCCUCACUAUGCAGGCCUGGAGUUUGAUGAAGCUAUGACGGCUUUGCGGGUGUUUGCGGGAAGCGAAAAAGUAAUGGGGCUGGUUGUAACAGAGGUGAAUGCCAACAAUGACCCUAGUGGGAAGAUGCUUGAAAUGCUUGUGGAUGGCAUUGUUAAUGCGUUCUCUAAGAGGCUGGCAGUCAGUAUGACUCUCUCUUUCUGCACUUAUUCUGCUCAUCCACUCUACCUCUAG